AUGUCGCGAAGACCCCUGCACGAGGAGACCCCUGUCCGUGACAGCAUGACCCUGUCCAAAGUGGCCGGCACCACGGUCUAUCUCAAGAUAGACAGUGCCCAGCCCUCCGGCUCCUUCAAGAUCCGGGGCAUCGGACACCUCUGCACAACGUGGGCUGAACGAGGCUGUGAACAUUUCGUCUGCUCCUCAGCGGGCAAUGCAGGCAUGGCAGCUGCCUAUGCAGCCAGGAAGCUGGGCAUCCCCGCCACGAUUGUCGUGCCCAGCACCACGCCUGCCCUCACCAUCCAGCGGCUCAAGAAUGAGGGCGCCAUGGUCAGAGUGGUGGGUGAGACAUUGGAUGAAGCCAUCAGGGUGGCCAAGGACCUCGAGAAAAACAACUCAGGCUGGGUCUACAUCCCUCCCUUUGACGACCCCCUCAUCUGGAAAGGCCACUCAUCCAUCGUGAAGGAGCUGAAGGAGACGAUGACUGAAAAGCCAGGGGCCAUCGUGCUGGCAGUAGGGGGUGGAGGCCUCUUGUGUGGAGUGGUCCAGGGGCUGGUGGAGGUGGGCUGGAGGGAUGUGCCCAUCGUCGCCAUGGAGACCAUCGGAGCCGAGAGCUUCCACGCUUCCACCAAGGCCGGCAAGCUCGUCACCCUGCCCCGCAUUACCAGUGUUGCCAAAGCCCUGGGCGUGACCACCGUGACGGCACAGGCUAUGAAGGUCUAUCGGGAACACCCCAUUUUCUCUGAAGUUGUCUCGGACCAGGAGGCUGUGGCUGCUCUUGAGAAGUUUGUGGAUGACGAGAAGAUCCUGGUGGAGCCCGCCUGUGGGGCCGCCCUGGCCGCCGUCUACAGCAACGUGAUUCAGAAGCUGCAAGGACAGGGGAAACUCCGCACCCCUCUGUCCUCCGUUGUGGUCAUUGUCUGUGGGGGCAGCAACAUCAGCCUGGUGCAGCUACUGGCACUCAAGAAACAGCUGGGCAUGGACGGGCUGCCCCAGUGA